CCGAGGCGGACGGUGGGGAGCAUGGGUUUCGUGCUGCGCGCGCUCUGCCAGUGGAGGGGCCUCACGGGGUCCCGGGGUGGGCUCCCCGUCACCCCUGACGCUGCUGCCAGAUCGUUCCUACCAUGGCUGCCCCAGCUCAGGACUAUCACCGUCCUCACUCGAGCCUCUACUGAUCCUUGUGGCAGCUUCCACACGGCACAGCAUAGGCCCUUGGUUCCUUGGUGCCAUCAACAGGUCCGUUCUAAGGCCCGAGGCAAUGAAUACCAGCCCAGUAACAUCAAACGGAAGCGGAAACAUGGUUGGAUUCGGAGGCUCAGCACCCCUGGUGGAGUCCAGGUCAUCCUGAGGCGCAUGCUGAAGGGUCGAAAGUCCUUGACCCACUGAGGCAUUGAGUAGGCUCUGUCCAGGCACCAGAAUGAGCAUUACCUAGGGACUGCAUUAGCAAGAUGGGAUGGACAGGAACACCAUCAAGACAAAGCUUGAGCUCCUGCAUACCAAGCCAGGACAAUGGCUUCCCUUUCUGGGUAUAUUGAUGUCAUGGGACUUUCUCAGCAAGAUCUUUGGGUUUAGAAGACUGAAGUUCUUUCUGUGAUGUCAGAGUUUACUAAGUGCAGAACUAUUAAAACUAUUAAAUUAAACCCUG